AUGGUACAAAGGAGAAAAAGAUUAUUGGACAACUCAUUUAAUGACUUCAUAGACAAAGGCUCUGCCUCUUUUAUAUCUCAAAAAACACCAUUAAAAACCGAGGAAACCGAAAACAAAUUUACACUUGAUUUUAAAAAUGUAUUGCUAACACCAAAUAGUGCUACUAAAAGUUCAAUAACCUCAGCAUCUUCUUCCUCUACAUUUAAAAGCCCACAAAUAUUUCCCACUCUUAAGGCACCAAGCUAUAUUGUUAAUGGAUUGAUUUCUCCUUCUAAAUCACCGGCGAAAAGAAAAAAGUCCAUCGAUUCCAGUAACAUUAAGGAAGAAGAACAAGGCGGCUCACCAUUAAAAAAAAAAUUAAUUAACAAGUACCAUAAUACCACCGAAAUUAAAAACGAAAAUGACACGUUGAAUUUUUUUCCCAGGAAAAAAUUGAUGUUUCAAGAUGAUGAGAAUCUAGAUGCUUAUUCUCAAAUUAAAACAAUAUUUCAAAAAUCUAGUGGUGUUCCACUUAAUACUGAUUCAGACCCUAAUACCCUUUGUAGAAACGGUAAAACGAAUACUAUUUUGGUUUCUAGAAAUCAAGAGUAUGAGCAGAUAAUGACUUUUUUGAAUAAUAGUAUUGAACAAGAUACAGGUGAUUCCUUGUAUAUUACUGGUCCACCUGGAACGGGUAAAACGGCACAAGUCACUGAAAUAAUCAAUUCUCAUUUUAACAAAGCCAUUGUGCCACCAAGUAACAAUCAUAACAACAACAACAAUAAUAAUAAUAAUAAUGGGGAAAUUUUGAACAAGUGCCUUUAUCAAAAUAAGUAUGCUGUUACAACCUGUAUUAUAAACUGCAUUGCAUUAAAAUCGCCACAUGAUAUAUUUUCGAAAUUAUACCAUUCAUUCAUAAAUCCUCAGCAUGAUACCAAUUCAAAUAACAGUGUUAAAACAAUGGACGAUUUGAGGCUUUUUUUAAAAAAAUACAAAAAAAAAGACCAAGCUAGUACGGAAAACUUAAAAUUCAUUAUUGUUCUAGAUGAAAUGGACAAAUUAGUUAACAGUAGUAAUCUAGGUGAUACAAGAACAACAGCCACAAUUUUUAAUUUGUUUUUAAUGGCUAAAUUACCUGAACUUAAUUUUAUAUUAAUUGGCAUUUCUAAUAGCUUGGAUAUGAAGGACCGAUUUUUAAGUAGACUAGAAUUGGGUUUAAAUUUACAACCCAAAACGCUAAUUUUUAAACCAUACGAUGCUGCCCAAAUUUAUGAUAUUGUUAUGAACAAACUGCAUAAUAACAAAGACACAACUUUUAACGUGGAUAAAUAUAUUCAACCGAUGGCUAUUAGAUUUUUAUCUAGGAAAAUUUCCUCAACUACUGGUGAUUUGAGGAAAGUUUUUGACAUUUUAAGGAAGAGUAUUGAAAUGUUAGAAUUAACCUAUAGACAAAAAAUGUCGAAUACUACUGACAACACAAACGAAACACCUCUGAAAUUAACUAUUGCACAUGUAUCCAAAGUUUGCAAUACCUAUUUCAAUUCACACACCACUAAAGAAAGAAUGAAAAAUUUGAAUAUCCAACAAAAAAUCGCGUUGUGUUGUCUAAUUAAACAGGAAUGCGGUAAUAUCCCGCAUGAUAAAUUGAGUUAUUCUAACCCGGAAUUAUACUACAGUAUGGAUUCUUGUUAUGAUUAUUACUACUACACAUUAACAGUAGCAAUACCCGAUAUAAUGACACCAUGCAAUCGAAAUGAAUACAAGGACCUUAUAUACGCAUUAGAAACUUUUGGGUUAUGUCAUAUAACUAUGGUGAAAGCAUCACCUAAACACAAAAACCAAGUGUUGAAAAAGCUUAGCUCUAAUAUAGACAGGGGUCAGUUUGAAAUGGAGAUAUCUAAAGUUAAUCUCUUAAAAAAGUUUCUAUAA